AUAACCCCGAAGAGACAAUUUUGUUCCUCUCCUUUCUGCUGCAGUAAUAAAUCCCAUUAUGGAGACCUAGAAACUUUAUAAAGGGAUAUAGUUUGAAUUGGUGGAGUGUAAUUUUGUGUAUGAAUUAUAUUUUUUAAAUAUGAAGUGUUUUCAGAAAGAAGGCUAGUAGGGUUAAUUAUUGGUACAUUAUGCAUAAGCAGUAAUUUUGUUGGUAGUACAAUAAACAUUAUUAGACAUUUGUGAUAACACUAAAAAGGACAAGCAGUAUCUUGGUAAAUUGAUUUAUCUUUAAAUACAAAUGAAUGAUACUAUAGGUGCAUUCUUAAAUGAAAGGUUAAUUUUUAAAUGCAGUGUAGAAAAUUUCUGCUGUGGAAGUGUUAUGGUUAACUAGUUAAGUUUAUGGUGAAAAUACCUUCAACUGAUCAAGUUUAAUAAGGUGGUAUGCAAAGCUAGGAAGAAAGACAACAUAACGAUGCUGCAGGAAAUGGAAACAUAUAGACAUUAAUUUAAAAAGAUGGAAAAAUUAGCAGUUAGUGAACAUUAAGCAAAAUUUAUUUUAUUUGACACGAUAUGCACUGUAACAGGCAUAGGCUCAACAAAGCUUGUGGGUGUUGACUGCCCCCAAAAGUUGUUAGCUGAAACUAAUAUAAUCCAUUUAAGUAAUUACUAUGAUGAUAAGGUGUGUUAAAUUAGUCUUUAGAUAAUGUGAACAUACGAAGAUUUUAAUUCUUGUUUACCAGACUAAAACAAGAUUUUUUUUUUUUUUAUAAUAUUAAAGUACUUGUAGGGCAAGAAGCCUGCUUAUAGUUUUUCCUCUUGUAGCAUAAUCAAUAAUGGGCUUGAUAUCCAGGCUUUGUAGUUUAUAAUCAAGAGCAAAUUAAAGGUAUAAUUUAGGUAUUCUAUAGUUAUUUAGAAUUUUGGGACUAUAAACUUUCUUGAAAAGUCAAGUAGUUUUAACAUUUUCAGAAGUGUGUCAUCUUCUUUCAGGCAUUAGGUUAGUAUUAUACCAAAUAAUGAGCAAAUAACACUUGAGUUACCUGAAAGAGUUAAUAUAAUCCCAAAGGGUACUAAAAAGUAUCUAGGUAAUUUAUGAGAUAUUCAUUCUACGUGAGUAUAAACUCAGGUCUAAAUCUAGUAAAGGUCUGGUGAAUUUUACAUAAGUAGGAGCCUAUUAUUUGAUUUUUUUUUAUAGUAGAAAUCUAAUUUAGUAUGAAGAAAUGAGAGAUCUCAUCAAAAAGUAAAAUCACUCAUGCACAAAACUACCUCCCAACGACCUGUCGCAGGUCCCUUGUAUCAAAAAAUUAAGAGUAUAAUGGAAGAUAGCACGAUCUUGUCAAAUUGGACAAUCAGCAACAAACACAAAAUGGAAUAUGACUUUUCGUGUGAACUGUACAGAAUGUCUACGUAUUCAACUUUCCCCACCGGUGUUCCUGUCUCAGAAAGGAGUCUUGCUCGUGCUGGCUUUUAUUACACUGGUGUGAAUGACAAAGUCAAAUGCUUCUGUUGUGGCCUGAUGCUGGAUAACUGGAAAGAAGGAGACAAUCCUAUUGAAAAGCAUAAAAAGUUGUAUCCUAGCUGUAGCUUUGUUCAGAAUCUGGCUUCUGUUACUAAUUUGGAAUCUACCUUUGAGAAUACUUCUCAGAUGAGAAACAGUUUUACACAUUCAUUAUCUCCCACUUUGGAACAUAGUGGCUCAUUCAGUGGUUCUUCCAACCUUUCACCAAACCCUGUUCUUUCUCAAGCAGUUGAGGACUUAUCCCCAUUGAGGACUAACCCCUACAGUUAUGCAAUGAGUACUGAAGAAGCCAGAUUUCUUACUUACCAUAUGUGGCCCUUAAGCUUUUUGUCACCAUCAGAAUUGGCAAGAGCUGGUUUUUAUUACAUAGGACCUGGAGAUAGGGUAGCGUGCUUUGCCUGUGGUGGGACUCUAAGUAACUGGGAACCAAAGGACGAUGCAAUGUCAGAGCACCGGAGACAUUUCCCCAACUGUCCAUUUUUGGAAAAUUCUCUAGAAACACUGAGGUUUGGCAUUUCAAAUUUGAGCAUGCAGACACAUGCAGCUCGACUGAGAACAUUUAUGUAUUGGCCAUGUAGUGUUCCAGUUCAGCCUGAGCAGCUUGCAAGUGCUGGUUUCUAUUAUGUGGGUCGCAACGAUGAUGUCAAAUGCUUCUGUUGUGAUGGUGGCUUAAGGUGUUGGGAAUCUGGAGAUGACCCAUGGGUAGAACAUGCCAAGUGGUUUCCAAGGUGUGAGUUCUUGAUACGCAUGAAAGGACAGGAGUUUGUUGAUGAGAUUCAAGCUAGAUAUCCUCAUCUUCUUGAACAGCUGUUGUCAACUUCAGACACUUCUGGAGAUGAAAGUGCUGAUCCACCAAGUAUGUACGAAAAUACUUCAAAUGCAGAAUGGGAAUUUUUAUAAGAAUGUUAAGAAGGAAAAUAUGUAAACAAGUGAUUUCUGAGGUCAUAGGGGAAAGGCUGGGAAGUUAAUAAAUAUAAUGUGUCUACUAAGGUUAAUGACAUUGAAGAUUCUUGGAAAUAUACUAGUCUUUCUUCUUGAAGUGCUGACCUUCCAACUGGGGAGACAAA